CGUUUAGUUGCCAUGUUUGUCCGUCUCGAAGGGGCUGGCCUCGUUUUGAAGAYCCACAGGGAGCCCGAGUAUUUACUCACUGCGAUUCAAGAUGGCGGACGUCGAGAUGAAACGAGUGAAAGAAUUGAUGUCGAGAAAAGAUGAAAUUGAAAAGGAGAUAAAAGAAUUCCAAGAAAUUCUAAACUCGCAAAAAGAAGUUGGAAUGGAARGCGAGCUCGUUGACAACGAAGGCUAUCCUCGCAAUGACAUUGAUGUAUAUUCRGUCAGAAUAGCAAGAAACAAAAUAAUAUGUCUUCAGAAUGACCACAAGUCGGUAAUGAAAGAUAUUGAAGAAGGAUUGCACAAAAUACACGCGUUAUCAAGAGAUAAUGAAACUAUCAAAGAUGAAAAACCAAGACAAGAUGAAAUUCUGCUGCCUUUUCUUAAAGUUGAUUCAGUCGCAGAAGAAUCGCCAGCUUCAAAAGCGGGUCUUCAAAGAGAUGAUUUAAUUCUAAAAUUUGGUUCAUUGUCAAGCACAAACUUCAAGGAGCUUAAAAAUGUUGCAACUGUUGUACAACACAGUAAAGGGGUUCCUAUGCAUGUUACUGUCCUGAGAGGUGAACAACAAGUCUAUUUGUCUCUAACUCCUAACACUUGGUCAGGGCGGGGUCUACUGGGAUGUCACGUGAUUCCAACAGCAUAACUUACUGCUAUAUCGAAAGGAUGGAUACAACAGAACAGAGAAACAGUAUAGUUUUCUUUUGCAAGUUUUCUUGAUUUUCAGCUCCCUCGUUUCAUGUGAGACAAGUAUUAGAAUAUGCAUAUUUUCCAAAUAAUGUUUCAAGUGAGAGAAACUGGACUUGAGUCACAAUUCAUAGACUGUAUUACUUGUAAAACAUCAUGUUAGUGUUAUGAAAAGAUCACGUUAUGACCAGUUA